AUGGCACCAGCCGCGGUGGCCGCCGCCACAAAUUUGGUGCCAAACACAAAUGCACCAACACCAUCAACCACAACUUUAUCAACAAUCGCAGUUCGAGCUGGUGUGAAUGCGUCGAUUGUUGUUGCGCUUUUAAAAAGUGCAGAUUAUGUUCAAUUGAGAGUAGAUGAAAUGCAACCAAAACUAUUAGAGAUUGGUGCUAAUUUUGAAGAAACUUCAGAUUUGUUGAGAAUCCAUGAGGAUCUUUUAGCCAGACUUAGGGAUAAAGAUGAUCAGGUUCAAGAAUUAUUAAAUCGAACAGAUGGAUUAGGUGCCGAAAAAACAGAUGAAAAAGAGACGAUUGUAUACGAUGAAAUGGCAAAAAAUUUACGAGAGGUACCUAUGCAGACUUUUCUUUUUUUUUAACACAUUUCCAUUUUUUAGACCUGGCGCUCGCUUAACCGCCAACUCAUUUUACGAAGUUAUCUUCUCCGAGAAACAUUGCAAUUUUAUAAAAUGGCAAGUACACAUGAAAAGCUGACAACUAAAACUCUCGAAAUCAUUGGUCAACUGAAUGCAAAUAAUGCUGAUCAAAUUCGAAAUUCUGUUGAUAAAUUAGUGAAUGAUAUAAUUGAUACAACAGCGACGGUUGUCGAAUUGGGAUCAUCAGUGAUUUCGCAAAUUCGAACUCUUGGACAAAUUGAUGAUAAUGAAGAGAGGCCUAUUGAGAUUUUGAAAUCGUGUGUUUUGAUUGAAACUGUCAUGUUGAGGUAAGCUAGUGGGUUUUUCUAGAAAGAUUGAAAUAUGUUUCAUACUUUGUAUUUUGAAAAUAUUUUAAUCCAAAUUUUUUUCUUUGAUUUUCUCAAGAAUCCGCAUAAAAUAUCAGAAAACUCAAAAUUCAAAUAAAAGCUUUUUUCAACACUUGAAGAGAUGUUUUUUCAUUUGAAAACAAACAAAAAUUCCGGAUUUCUUUUCAAAUACCUUCAUGUUUCAGAGUUGCUUCUGACUGGGAAAGAUCUGAAAAUAUCUGGGAAGAGAAGAAAAACAUCCAACAUACCACAACUACGACAACUGAUGAAUUAGUUGUGAUUGAGCAAUGGCUGGAAUAUGCCGAAAAACGUGUGAAAGCACUUAAUGAAAAUGGCCAGAAAAACGUGCUCAACGAGGGAAAUGUGAGUUAUUUUCUUGGCUCAAUAGUUUUAAUGAUAUAUUUUUAGAAACAUGUUGCAAGACUUCAUGAUUUGGCACAAUCGCCAAGUUCUGAUGGUGGUAGAAUUUCACAUCUUUCUGGAAGAAUUGAAGAAUUUUUACAUUAUUUAAAGACUCGAAUGGGAAGAUCACAAAGAAUUCAACAAUUUAUUCAAGCUGCCAAAACCAUGUUAUCACAAUUAAAUAUGAUGGUUGGAGAUAUGAAAAGUGCAAAUUCGGCAAUGGCAGGAGAAUUGGCUCCAUUGGCAAAACAAAAAGCACAUCCACUUAUUCACGAAGGAAAAGAUAUAUCUGCGAAAGAAGUUAUGAGUUAUGAAGAGCAAAGAUUGGUGAAACAAUAUGUGUCGGAACUUGAAGAAAAAUUGAGAGAAAUUGAAGAUUUGGCAAAACAACGAGUUGAAUCGGAUAAAACUAAUUCGCAAGUUAGUGGAGUUUUUGGAUGGUUAGAUGGAUAUGCUCAAGCAUUUUUGGCGCAGAAAGGAGAUAUGGGUGGAAAUUUGAAUGAUGCUAGAGAAUUUGUUCAAUUGCAUAAGAAUUUUGCCGCAGAAGUUUCGAAUAAAGAUCAGGAAGUUAUUCAACUAUUAUCAAAAAAAGGAUCACAGUUGAGUUCUGAGGAAAAUGAGCAAUUAGAUAAACUUGCAACAAAUUAUGAAACUUUGAAAACAAUCAUUGAAAAUCGAAUUCAAAUUGGUACAACCUAUGAACAAGUUCAUAAGUUUGGAAAAGAUCUCGAAGGAUCGUUUGAUGCUUUGCAAACCUUGUUGGAAAAUAAUCAAGAAUAUACAAAUGAAAAAGUCGCGGCUCAAAUUUCAAAUGUCUUCCAAAUGAUUCAAGAUACAUUGAAUCAAGAAAAACAUCAAGGAGAGAAAUUCAUUUCGAAUGCAACACAAAUCGGAAAAUCUGAUGCAUUUUUGAAUAUUCAACGAGCUCAAGAAUCAGUUAGAAAUUUGAUAACCGAUCAUGAAAAUCGAUAUAAAUAUGUUCAUCAUAAAUGGAUGAGUUGGCAAUCAGAUAAAGAUGCAGAGAAAAAAGUAGAGAAAAUCAUCGAAGAGAUUCAGAUGUGGCAAACUGAUGUUCUUGAAUUCAUUAGCACCGCUGAUCAACAAACAUUCAAUACAAAAAAUGAAGUGGAAAGUGUGCAACAGAAAAUUAUUGGAUUCCAAAAUGCUCUUCUUCAUAACACUGCUCAAUUAGAGCAAUUAAAAACACAAACUGAAUCGGAAGAACAAAUCAGUCGAAUUAAUGUUCUUAUUGAUAAACAAGAAUAUAUCAAGACGAGAUUAGAGCAACUUCAACAAAAAAUUGAAACAACAGCUUUGCUCAAAAUUGUGGAAGAUGUUCAAAUUUGGCAAGAAGAAAUGGUUGAAAUUAUUCGAAACUUGAAUCAUGUUGUUAGUACACAAAUCAAUAAUCAAGAACAAUUUGAGAAUACUCGUAGAAAAAUUGAGGAUUUGAAAGUUGAAGUUGAUAAAAAGAGUGAACAUCUUGAAGCAUUCAAAAAUAUUUCUCAGAGUGAGUUUUUUUAUAGAAGGAAUGAUGAUUGUUAAUCAUAUUGAUUUUUUUAGAUCAAACAUAUCAAACACAACUUCAGAAAACUAUCCAUAAUCAAGAAACUAUUCAAAAAACAACUCAUGAACUUCAACAGAAACUUGAGAUUUCGCAAUUGAUCAAAGUUGUUCAAGAAGUUCAAAUGUGGCAGGAGGAAGCUAUUGAAAUUAUUCGAAUGUUUGAUAGACAAGAACCAAAAACAAUUCAAGAUGCAAAUGAAUUAAUCGACAAAGUUGAAGAAUUCAAAAAUGUUGUCGAAGAAAAAUCAAAGAAGAUUCAAGAAAUCAAAACAAUUUCAAGAGUUCCAGAAUUUGUCAACAAAAUGGAAGAAGUUGAACAUGUUCAAGAACAAAUUCAUCAUUUGACUGUUGAACUUCAAGAAAAAGUUGCUCAACAAAAAUUGACAAAAGUUACUGAAAAUAUUCAAAUGUGGCAAGAAGAAAUGAUUGAAAUUAUUAGAAUGUUUGAUAGUACUCCAAUGAAAACAAUUCAAGAAUGCGAAGAACUUCAGGAGAAAGUGAAACUUGUUCGAGAAGCAAUUGAUAUCCAACAACCAAAAAUUGAUGAAGUCGUGACAAAAGCAACUGAUAUUAAUGUGAGAACUCAUAUUAGUAAAGUUAUCGAACAACAAAAUCAUAUUCGUCAACUCGCUGAACAUCUUGAAAGAAAAGCGAUAACUGCAACUAUCGAAUUAUCAAAACCUCAACAAACAGUCGAAGAAACUAAAACAAUUGAGCUUACUUCUCUUGAAACAACUAAGAUCCAACUUACACCAGAAGAAAAGAAAGAACUCCAGAUUUUGAGAAAAACAAUUGAAGAAAUUCAGAUGUGGCAAGAAGAUAUUAUCGAAAUCAUCCGAUUAAUCACAGCUGCUCCAGUAAAAACAAUUCAAGAAUCUGAAAGUUUGGUUCAACGUGUUAAUGAGAUUACACAAACUGUUGAAGCACAAUCAACUCGUAUUGCUGAAGCUGCAAAAUUCACUAAAGAUGAGCAACAUACAGAAAGUGUCACAAAAACAAUGACAAAACAAGAGCAAGUUAAACAACUUGUGAAAGAACUUCAUGAAAGAGCAGCUGCACAAAACUAUGUUUUCCGUCAACAAAUCGAAACUCGUCAACAUGUUCAAGCUCCACAAAUUCUCACAAGAUUAGAAGAUUCGGAAGUUGAUGAAGGUUGUAAAUUUGAAUUUGCGGCAAGAAUCGAAGGUGAACCAGAACCAGUUAUUUCAUGGUUGAAAGAUGGAAUCGAUGUUAAAAGUAAUAUUGAUUAUCGGCAAGAAUAUGUGAAUGGUGUUGCAACUUUGGUUAUUGAGGAAAGUUUUAUUGAAGACACAGCUAGAUAUACAGUCAAAGCUACUAAUGAUGGUGGAGUCGCAGAAAGUAGCGCAAAUCUUGUGGUAAAAUCGAGAAGUGCAAUGUCUUCAGCAAUUCUAGAAGAAGAUAAGCCACGAUUUGUUAAACAACUUCAAAAUGUUCAAGUUACUGAAGGUGGAAGUGCUCGGCUUGAUUGUGUUGUUGUUGGAAAACCAGAACCAGAAGUAGUAAGUUAUAAUUUAUUCAAUUUUGAAAAACAUCUGAUGACGAUUAAUUUUUUUCAGACUUGGUUCAAGGAAGAAACGGCAGUAGUUGAAAAUGAGCGUGUUCAUUUCGAGUUCUCUGGAGAUCAUUGUCAAAUGAUUAUUGAUCGAACUGUACCAUUAGACACUGGAGUUUAUACUGUUAAAGCUAAAAAUGUUCACGGGGAAGUUGCCAACUUCUGUCAAUUGAGAGUUGCGCCUCAAAAAACUCCAAAACCUUAUCAAAGACCACCAUCAAUUCAACCAGCUUUGACCAACACUGUUUGGGAAGAAGGUUCAACAGCAACUUUGAAAGUUUUCACACAUGGAGAACCAAAACCAAGAGUUCAUUGGAAAUUUAAUGAUUCACCACUGCAAUCUUCAAGUCAAGUUCAAAUAUCUGAACAAGAAGAUGGUUGGUCAAAAGUUACAAUUCAACAAAUUUCACCAGUUCACGCUGGAAUGUACACAGCCAUAGCUGAAAAUGAAAUUGGCGAAGCUGUGACUGGUGCAACUGUUCAUGUUCAACCAUCAAUCAAUAAAUCGAUAACAACAACAAUGGAACAUCAUUUGCAAGAGGAUUUGAAUGAAACCAUUGGACAACCAAUUCAAAAAACUGUUGUAACAAAAACAAAUCAAGAAUAUGAACAGAGACAACGUCAAGAUUUUCCACAACCAAGAGAACCUGAAAAAAUUGUUGAAGAUAAACGAUGGGUUGAAGUUAUCGAACAACAUUUCGAAGAACAUCUUUCGCAGAAAUCAAUGUCACCAAUUCCACAAGUUUUUGAGCGCAAGAAAAUUGAAACUCAACAACGAUGGGUUGACACAAUUGAUGAAAUCUGGUCACCUCAACCAACUGAAACAAUCAUCACUGAAACUAGGAAUAAUUCAAGAAUGGAUCACUUUAGCUCUCAUAGUGUACAUGAACCAUCACCCAAACCAUUGACAUAUCAAACAACUACAACAUCAAAUACUAGAAAUGUUUCACAUAUUGGUCAAUCUCAUCAACCAGUUCAACCAGUUAUUGGAAAUACAACUACAACAAACGAAUCAAUCAAAACUAUGAAUAUUGCCAAAAUUCGACAAUCUCCACAACCAGAGGUUCAUGAAGCAAGAACAACACCUGCGCCAGCAUCUGAACAUGUGGCAGCAAUCAGAAAAACUCCAGUUCGAGAAACACAUCAAUCUACGAUUACCCAUGCACCAUCUUUGGAAAAUAUUGCAAAGAUUCGACAAUCACCAGUUCCCGAAACUCAUAAAUCUACACUAACUAGAAGAAGUCCAUCUGUGGAGAAUGUCGCAAAGAUUCGUCAAUCACCAGCACCCGAAACUCACAUUUCCACAAUUACUCGACGCUCCCCAUCCGUCGAAAAUGCUGCAAAAAUUCGUCAAUCUCCAGUUCCGGAACAAUUCCGAUCUACUCUUACACGACAAUCUCCAUCUGUUGAAAACAUCGCAGUUCAACAACCAGCUCAACAACCAGAAUCACAUCGUGCAACAACAGUUGGGGGACAACCGAUUGCAAAUAUUGCGGUAAGACAGUUUGAUGCAGGGUUCGAAUAAAUACAUUUGAUAAUUUUCAGCAAAUCCACAAUGCUCCUCUUCCAGAAGUUCAAGGUGUUAUCAGAGAAGCGCCGAAGAUCGACAGAAUUGAUGAUAUUUUAAUGGCACCAAAAGAUAAAAUUGUUAUUACUACUGUAGAGCAAACUGUGACAACAACGGGUGAUAUUGAUGUGAGUUUCUGUCUUUCUUCAAUAAGAUUUUGAGCCAAGUUUUAUUUUUCAGAAACGCUAUCAAGAACAAGAACAAAAACAAAGUCACAUAACAACUACGGUCACUCAAGGAGAAGAAGGCUGGAUUCAACAUAAACAUCAAGAUUUCCAACAUCCUGAACAAUCCACGAGUGUUACCAAAAAAUUGAAUAUUGAAGAAUCGGAAAAUAUUAGAAGUCAGCGAGAAAUUCAAGGAGAACCUGAAAAACAAAUCCAGACAGUGACCAAGAAAACCGAAGAGGAAGAAGAACUUCGACGACAACAAGAACUUCAAGCUAAACGAGAACCGCAAACAACAACAACUGUGACUGAAACAACAUCGGGUGAGGGUUGGAUUCAGAAUGUUCAUCAAGAUAUGCAACAGCCACAUUUAUCAACUGUCACUGUUAAGAAAUUGGGUGUUGAAGAAAAUGAAUUGAUUCAACAAAAUCAAAAUGUUCAACAACCAAAGACAACUAAAACUACAAAAACUAGAGAAGAAUUAGAGGAAGAAGAAAGAAUCAGACAACAAUCAAAGAUUCCAAUUCGACGAGAACCAGUGACAACAGUUACAGAAACAACAUCUGGAGAAGGAUGGGUUCAACAAAUACAUCAACAACCUGAAACAUCAACUGUUACUGUAAAACGGCUAGAUAUUGAGGCUGGUGGAAGUUCCGAGUCGAAAAUCCCAAUGAGACGAGGAGGACCAAGACCAGUUAGCAUUCGACAAACUGAUGAAGAAACUUCAAUUCGACAACGAGAUAGUUUCGCGGCAGCCUCAGAAGUUGAAGGCUUCUGGACUGAUGGAGCAUAUACCGCUUCACCAACUCCUCCACCAGUUCCAAUUCAUAGAACAACAGCAGAAGAUAAUAUGCAGCGAAUUGGUUUAUCGAGAACAACAACUGAACCAGAAUUUAUUAAAUUCUUUGAGAAAGAAUAUACUGUAGAAGAAGGUGGACGAAUUGCGAUUGAGUGUAUUUUAGUAGGAAAUCCAAAGCCUUGGACAAGAGUAUUUUUCAAUAAUCGUCAGAUUACGGAGAAAUCUGAAUUUUUGAAGGUUAGUGAAAAAACAAUGAUUUUCUAAAUACCGAGGCAACCAAGUUCUAAUACUUUUCUUUUUUUUCAGAUCUGUCAUGUUAACGACACUUACUCAAUUAUCAUCAGCCCUGCUAGAUUGGAACACGCUGGUUACUAUAAAAUCAUCGCUGAAAACAAACGAGGUGUUUCUGAAUCAUUGACAGUUCUUCACGUGCGUCCACGAUCUAUUCAAACAUAUCAGCAACAAAAGAAAAAUGAAUCUUUAUUGCAUCAACAAACACAAGACGCAAAGAAUUCGGAAUUCACGACGGUCGAAGAAGAAUUCGCUAUGUUCGAGUAUGAACAACGUCGACCAUUGAAACAUGAAUCGAGUAAAUUAGUGACACCGCCACCUGCAAAACGAAUUCAACAAGAACAUCGAAGUAAUGAAGAACAUUUAGAAACAUAUGAUAUGGAAGGAAAAAAACCAUCUGGGCAUCCACCACAUUUCACACAAACCUUGGUAUCAACUGUCAUUGCUCAAGGUGAUAAUACAAAAUUCGAAGGAAUUGUAACUGGCUGGCCUGCUCCAACUGUUGAAUGGACUGUUGAUGGACAACCUUUGACAUCGACAGAUAUAAAAGUAUCGAACAUCGGUGGACGUGUAUCACUAACUUUCCCAACUUGUCAAUUAUCACAUGCUGGAAAAUAUAUGUGUACAGCCAAAAAUUCAAGCGGUGUUGCAACAUCAAGCGCCCAACUUGUAGUCAGACGUAAGUGACAUCAAAGGGUAGUAAAAAAACAAUUUCUGGUUUGGUGAUAAGAAAUUCUGGUCUUUCGAUUUUAUUUUUCCUGGAUACAUACAAAUGUUUAAAGUUCAUUUUCUAAUUCUGCAUAUGUUUUUAUAUACAUGCAAAUGACUCGAGUCGUCUUUUGUUAUCAUUUUGAGGAUUAAAACUCAAUGACAAUUUUGACAGUUUAAGGCAAGGAUUAAAAUGUCUCUCUCUUUUCAGCAAAAACGAUUGCACCGGAUUUCAUACAAAGAUUGAUCAGUGAGGAAGUAGAAGAAGGUGUUCAAUUAAAAUGGACAGUUCGAGUGACCGGCGAUCCGAUGCCAAAAGUCACGUGGCUUCGUGACGGCUACGAGAUUCCGGAUUGCGAUGAAGUUCGAAUCGUCGAUCACGGCGACGGUUAUCACUCAUUAAUUAUUGUUAAAGUCGAAAGUGCCGAUAGUGGACAAUUCACAUGUCUCGCCGAAAAUAUUGCGGGUGAAGCAAGAAGUACUGCUGAUUUAGUUGUAAGACAACCCGGCGCUCAACCUGGUAACUAUUUUCAUGUGACAAAAGUGACGCAGGAAAAACAGGUAAGACUUGGGAGAAACUUUUGAAAAGAAAUCAAGAAUAACACAUUCUAGGCCAAAGGAUCCGAACCGCAAACGACUAGCGCUUUCGCAAUUGAAACUCCACGACAAAGUGAAAUGUUGUGA